GCUGCUUCCCCUUCCUCUUUUCCCAGAUAGAUAUGUAAACACAUGCAUUUUCCUGUUCUAACGGGGCGAAUUGGUGUUCUGCCUGUGCCUUGACUUAGCGAUUGGGCUGAGCCUUGCUCCUCCCUUCCCUACUCGGAUAGGAGCCACAAGGAUCUGGAGCUCAGGCUUCCAAAUUGCAGCUGGCCUCGGGCCAGGUGACCUUUGCUUUCUCAGAAGCGACCGGCUUGCAACAGGAUUCUUUCAGCCCGGCAUCUCCUGCAGAGGGAUCAGCCUGCUCGAACUGCAAGCAUGAUGUGGGGGACCAAACUUCUGCCGGUCCUGUUGCUGCAGCAUGUCCUACUGCACCUCCUCCUGUUUCCUGUCGCCAUCCCCUAUGCAGAAGGACAGAAGAAAAGAAGAAAUACACUUCAUGAAUUCAAAAAGUCAGCCAAAACUACUCUUACCAAGGAAGACCCAUUACUGAAGAUUAAAACCAAAAGAGUGAACUCUGCAGAUGAAUGUGCCAACAGGUGCAUCAGGAACAGGGGUUUUCCAUUCACUUGCAAGGCCUUUGUUUUUGAUAAGUCAAGAAAACGAUGCUACUGGUAUCCUUUCAAUAGUAUGUCAAGUGGAGUGAAGAAAGGGUUCGGUCAUGAAUUUGACCUGUAUGAAAACAAAGACUACAUUAGAAACUGCAUCAUUGGUAAAGGAGGCAGCUAUAAAGGGACAGUAUCCAUCACUAAGAGUGGCAUCAAGUGCCAGCCUUGGAAUUCCAUGAUCCCCCAUGAACACAGCUUUUUGCCUUCGAGCUAUCGCGGUAAAGACCUACAGGAAAACUACUGUCGAAAUCCUCGAGGGGAAGAAGGGGGACCCUGGUGUUUCACAAGCAAUCCAGAGGUACGCUACGAAGUCUGUGACAUUCCUCAGUGUUCAGAAGUUGAAUGCAUGACCUGCAAUGGUGAGAGCUACAGAGGUCCCAUGGAUCACACAGAAUCAGGCAAGACUUGUCAGCGCUGGGAUCAACAGACACCACACCGGCACAAAUUCUUGCCAGAAAGAUAUCCUGACAAGGGCUUUGAUGAUAAUUAUUGCCGCAAUCCUGAUGGGAAGCCGAGGCCAUGGUGCUACACUCUUGACCCUGACACCCCUUGGGAGUAUUGUGCAAUUAAAAUGUGUGCUCACAGUGCUGUGAAUGAGACUGAUGUCCCUAUGGAAACAACUGAAUGCAUUCAAGGCCAAGGAGAAGGUUAUAGGGGAACCAGCAAUACCAUUUGGAAUGGAAUUCCUUGUCAGCGUUGGGAUUCGCAGUACCCUCACAAGCAUGACAUCACGCCGGAGAACUUCAAAUGCAAAGAUCUUAGAGAAAAUUAUUGCCGCAAUCCAGAUGGGGCUGAAUCACCAUGGUGCUUUACCACUGAUCCAAACAUCCGAGUUGGCUACUGCUCUCAAAUUCCCAAGUGUGACAUGUCAAGUGGACAAGAUUGUUAUCGUGGCAAUGGGAAAAAUUACAUGGGUAACUUAUCCAAAACAAGGUCUGGACUUACAUGUUCCAUGUGGGACAAGAAUAUGGAGGACUUACACCGUCAUAUCUUCUGGGAGCCAGAUGCUAGCAAGUUAAAUAAGAAUUACUGCCGGAAUCCUGAUGAUGAUGCCCAUGGACCUUGGUGCUAUACGGGGAAUCCUCUUAUUCCUUGGGAUUAUUGUCCUAUUUCCCGUUGUGAAGGAGAUACUACACCUACAAUUGUCAACUUGGACCAUCCUGUAAUAUCCUGUGCCAAAACAAAACAACUGCGGGUUGUAAAUGGCAUUCCAACACAAACAACAGUAGGGUGGAUGGUUAGUUUGAAAUACAGAAAUAAACAUAUCUGUGGAGGAUCAUUAAUAAAGGAAAGUUGGGUUCUUACUGCAAGACAAUGUUUUCCAGCCAGAAACAAAGACUUGAAAGACUAUGAAGCUUGGCUUGGAAUUCACGAUGUCCAUGAGAGAGGCGAGGAGAAACGCAAGCAGAUCUUAAACAUUUCCCAGCUGGUCUAUGGACCCGAAGGCUCAGAUUUGGUUUUACUGAAGCUUGCUCGACCUGCAAUCCUGGAUAACUUUGUCAGUACAAUUGAUUUACCUAGUUAUGGCUGUACAAUCCCUGAAAAGACCACUUGCAGUAUUUAUGGCUGGGGCUACACUGGAUUGAUCAACUCAGAUGGUUUAUUACGAGUAGCCCAUCUGUAUAUUAUGGGCAAUGAGAAAUGCAGUCAGCACCAUCAAGGCAAGGUGACUUUGAAUGAGUCUGAAUUAUGUGCUGGGGCUGAAAAGAUUGGAUCAGGACCAUGCGAGGGAGAUUAUGGUGGCCCACUCAUUUGUGAACAACACAAAAUGAGAAUGGUUCUUGGUGUCAUUGUUCCUGGUCGUGGUUGUGCCAUCCCAAAUCGUCCUGGUAUUUUUGUUCGAGUAGCAUAUUAUGCAAAGUGGAUACACAAAGUAAUUUUGACAUACAAGUUGCAAUAGCCAUAGAAGAGACCAGUGUGUUUUAAUCAUCCAUGGAUACAUGAGGAUUCCCAAGACUUCAGGAUUAAAAUGUCACCUAACACAAUCCUUAAACAACUACUUGAGUGUUGUGAGUGUUCAGAUACUCAUUAAUAUAUAUGGGUGUUUUCUGUUGUAUUGUUUGUCAGUGUCCUUUUGUAAAUGUUGAAGUGAAAUAAGGUACCUGCAAGUUCAGUAACAUAUCUCCUGAAGAUACUUGAAUGGAUUAAAAAAAUACAAAAUUAGAGUUGCUAGAUGCUAAGCUUUUAAAGAAAAAGGUUAAUUAAUCACUCUAUGCUGCUUUCUAGUUUAAUAACUUAAUGAUGAACAAGUCAUAAGUUAAACAUUACUUUAACCCCUCAAAACAAUUUAUACAUUGUGUUUUUAAAUUUUAACUCUAUAUUCAAUUAUAUUACAUUUCAUAUGCCAUAUGUUAUAGUUCAUUCAUUUUUUUUUUACAACAUGUAUCCUCCCAAUACUAACACAAAAACAUCCAUAUAGAAGAACACGUGCCCAUACCACAUGGCUGAGUUCACAUGCAGCAUAUAUUAUAGUUUAAACCAUGAUGUAUCUAGUAUAACCUCUAAAUAUUUUGGGUGUAUGUAUCUAUAUUUCUUCUAAAAUUUAAAAGUUUUGAAAGAUCAGUGGGAAUACUUAGGAAAGGUACAAAAUAUAUACAUACAUAUAUGUAUAUGAUAUAUGUAUAUGAUAUAUGAUCGCCACUGGACAGUGUUUAAUGUGAUGACAGGAUCCAUAGGAUAAAAUGUCUAGCCUUGUUUAUUUAUAUUUAUUGUCCUAGUUAUUUUGUGUGCUUUCUAAUUCCUAAAAAGCAAAAUGUAAUAUAUAUAUUUGUAUUAUUUCUUUCCUCCAAAUCUGGCCUACUUAUUUAUGCAGGAUAUUGGUAGAUCAGUCUUCUUAAAACAUCUAUUCAGUUGUCAAAUGUGCAUCUUAGUGAAGAAAUUCAAAAGUGUCUCUGUCUCUAAAUAUCUAUUUAUAUGGGUUAUUUUUAAAACUUGCUACUGUGAUUGGCUUCUAGCUCAUUCUUUUUAAAUUUAAAAAUUAACAUAAAAUAGCUAGACUGCAAUGCUUUGUAAAUAUCCCUUCAUUAAAUUUUACUUUGAAAUAUUUUUUCAAUGCAAAUACAUUUCUCAAUCUAAAAGUUCUUAGCCUGUGAAUAAUAGGAAAAUAUGAAAUGAAAGGAGAAACUAGUUUUUCUAAGUUCUUUAAUUCAAUUACUUUAAAAGUAUAAUUGUUUCUGAAAAUCAGGUAUGUUAUGAAGACAUUAUCAUAUUAACUCAUUCAUUUUAACAAAGUUCUUUCCCAAUGAUAUGAAAUAUUCAUUUAAAUUUUAUGACCUAUAUAAUAGCAUUCAAAUUAUAUUUAUUAUUCUACUUCUCAUGACUAGCUAAGAGUUGUUUAUUUAUCCAAAAGUAACAUGUUAACAAGUAGCAAGACAAUUUCUAAGAUUCUCACAGUACUCAUGUAUGAAUUAGGAAAAUUAAAAGUUACUGUUUCGGUGAUUUAAAUGCAAGGGAUCACAUUUUCCAGAUUGGAUUCUCUUAAAUUCUUUACUGACCAAAGAUCCAAAUAAUACCCAAUGCAUUCUUCUGUGUGUUCCCAGUGAAGAAAUCCAGAAAUUCUUACACAAGCUAUGACAUGUGUGUGUAUAUGUCAUAUAUGUAUAUAUAUACAUAUAUAAACACAUGCAUAUAUAUACAUAUAUACAUAAACAUUUGUAUGCACAUAUGUUUGUGAUCAUAUAGGUACUGUGUUGAGAAACAGUGUGUGCAAAGAGACACAGUGAAUUGCCGGUCCAUAUCAUUUUACGUUCACUUAACUUUUCCUUCCCCUUUAUAAUCCACCAUUUUUAUGAAACAGAAAUUUAGUCAUAUUAUUGAAAUAUUAAAGUACUUUCAUAGCAUCAUACUGCAUUGUCUAAAUUUUAAUGCUAUAUGUAAAUCAUAUUGAUAAAGCUAUUAUGAUAACUAUAAUGCUUUAACAUACUGACAUUUUACAAUACUUUUUUCAGUGUAUUUUUUAUAAGAAUGAAUGAAAAAAGAAACAUCAAUUACCUAGAAACAAUAAGCAAUCAAAUUUUCAGAUACCUUAAAAUCAGUGUUGCUAAAUUUUUUAAAGAAGUAAACAAACACACACACACACACAAAUCACCAAACGUGGUACAUGAAGCAACUCUCCCUAUGAGGUUUCCUUUGCAAUAGGUCAAAGAAGAUGGCUUUGAUGCUGAACAAGGUCGGUAGUGACUCACUUGGUAGGAGAGGGUAUAUUUAUCUUGUCAACAACACUAUGUACAGGAUGGUUUUCUAUGAAUAAAGGUCAAAGGAGAAAAGAGGAAAUUUUCAACUUAUCUAGAAAUCUAUAUUAUAUUGUGUCAAAGACAAGAGGAGCUUUCACUGCUGGUUUUGUUUUGACCAAGUAACAAUUACACAUUGUUCUACGUGUAGACAUUUUCUUAUGUCUGCAGGAAUAAAAGUGUAAAAUUAAAAUAUUAGUCAUAUGCCUCUGCUGUGCAGAGGGAUGAGAAUUCUUUUGUAUAUUCUUUAAUGUUAUUGUAAAAUAUAGAAUAAAUUUCACCUAUUUGCUGUAGGCAGGUCCUCAGUGUAAUGGUUUAAAGCAAGUCAGUCUCUGGCAUUAACAGGCUCUUGCUUGCUAUCUAAGUGUUUCAAGCUACAUGAAUGUGAAACACUGGAAGGCAAGAAAAAUAACCAUAAUGGCAUGUGUUAGCAAAACUGUAUUUCACUUAUUCCUGUGGAUAUUUCUCGCUGGUACCAAUGGUACUGUACAAAGUGAAUGUUCCAGCCUUAACAUCCCCUGGAAAGAGUACUGUCAAGACCUGGGAGUCCUGUCAGGCAUGUUCUUGUUUCUAAGUAUAGAAACAAUUUUCUUUUAUAGAAAAUAAAUACUAGCUUUGCAACAUGGAGUAGAUGAAAUAGAAAAUGGCAGUGCUCUCAUGCUCAGUAAAAGCAAACCUUACAUUGAUUUUUUGAAGAACCAAAAUAACUACUUCCACUCGUGUGUGCAUAACCACACAUUUAAAUUUAUAGAAAACUCAUAAAAUAAAGAGGAGUUGGGUAAAAACAAUACAUUUGCAUCUUUAUGUUAUUUCCAAUGAAUUGUUCUUCAAAAUUAAGUACAAGAAAAAUUUUAUCUUUCAAAAUUCAACUGAAGUUUGUACCAAGAACUUAUUAAAUGAGAACAAAUGAACAAACCAACCAAACAAAAAUCUUAAACUGUCCUGGAUCCUUGCCUCUUGACAGUGCUGCUCUUCCAUAGGUUCAUUCUUAUUUGCACAGAAGGCUUCUGUCCUUUGGAAGCUGAAAACCGAAUACUGUGGAUAUGGCGACUUGUCAGCCUGUGUACAUAGGACAAUGAUAAGCUGCCAGUUGAAUGGAAUAGCUGGAUACUUACCCCAAAAAGGGAGCACUGUGGUGAUGACAUGUAUUAUAAAUUCUCUGUAGCUAAUAAAGUUGUUAUUUUUAUAACCACGAUUAUAUUAUUAUUAUUAAUAUAAUAAAAUAUUUUACCAAAGUG